AUGUUUUAUUCUGAAUUUAUCCUCACCAAGAAGGGACCUCUCGCCAAGGUCUGGCUUGCAGCUCACUGGGACAAGAAAUUGAACAAACAAACGAUUGCGAGCUUGAAUUUGGAGAAAUCUGUCAAGAGUAUUGUGGAUCCAUCGGUUCCUAUUGCUCUGAGAACCAACGGACACUUGUUGUUGGGUGUGGUCAAAAUUUAUUCCAGAAAAGUGAAAUAUGUGUUGGCCGAAUGUAAUGAAACUUUGACAAAGAUUAAAUUACAGGCAAAAACUAAAGAUGUUACCGAUGAAAAUAUCAACAUGCCUGUUCAACAUAUGGUUGCUACUAAAAAUCAAAUUACAUUGCCAGAAGUCAGUGAUCUAGAUUUGUUGUUGCUACCCAAUGCUGCUGCCAUUACUUUGGAACUUGGAGAAGAUUGGCAAACUAAUAUCAAGGAUAUUACAUUGGUUGAUUAUGCAGCAUGGUCGACAGAAGAAUCUAUUGAACCAGUUUCGUUGGAAGUACCUACCACUCCAGGUGGACCAGGUGUCACAACUCCAACAUCUAUUGAAGCUCAGAGAGCACUUAGCACUGGUUUGCAACUUCCAUCCACUGGUGGUGUCAUGCUUGGCGAUAAGGCAUUUGAACAAGGUAUUAAUAUUCAACAAAUCAUGCAGCCAUUUGGCGCACCUGGAGAAGCUGUUUCCCCUGGUGAACAAGAACGUAUGGAGUUUGGUGAAAUUGGUGGACUUGGAGGUAUUGGUUUUGAAGAGCCCAUUGAACCUAGAGUUCCUGAGAAGCACGUAAGACCUGAAGAAGAACAACCUGAAGAGGAAGCCCAACCCACUAAAAAACGUAAGAGAAGACCAGGAAAGUUAAUUCAUGACGAUCCAACAAGUUACACCGAAAGACACUACACUAAGAGAUUGAAGGAACACAGUGAUUUGUUGACUGAAAGAAAUAGAGCUCCUGCCACCAGAGAAGAAUAUGAGCAAGUUGGAAGAGCAUUACCAUCUCGAGAUAUUUGGAAACAAACACCAUUCCAUAUGGAUCUUCCUCUCGGAUUUAUUGAUUUCUUCUCGACUUCCAUUGAUAAAGUGACGAGUAAGGAAAAGCCUGGAGUACCCACCGCUGAAGUGGUUCCUUCCAUCACAACACCUGAUGAGAGAGAACGAGCAAGAGCCACCAUUACUCCUGGUGUGACACCUGGAGAAGUGCAGUUGGAGAUUGGAGGUUUUGGUGGAGGUUUUGGUGAAAUAGGAGGACCUACUGAAGUCUUUGGUCCUGGUGAACCCAUUAUUGGAAGAGGUCGAGCAACCAUGGGUCCUGGAGAAUUAUCUCCAAUUGCAGCUGAUAUUGACAUUAAUGAAGAUAUCAAUGACAUGCUCAUUACUGCGACAGCUUCCAAGACAAAGACUCCUCUCACUGACCAACGAAAGAAACAAAUUAUUGAAGACAAGAAUAGAAUUGAGAAGGAAUUGAGAGAGAAGGCAGCUGCAACACCUCAAGCUCGUGUUCCAGGUGCAGCUGUCACUGCUCCAUCUCCUGCUGGUGUGACUGAAAGAACUGUUAAGGUAUUGGCCAUGUUAGAAGAAGGUUUUAAACAAGCAGAUACAGACACUCUCAGUCUCUCAGAAAUGUUAAAGGGAAGAAAGAGACAAACUGCUGCCAGAUGUUUCUACGAAACACUUGUACUCAAGAGUAAGGGACUUAUUGAUGUGUCUCAAUCUGAGCCUUUCGGAGAAAUUUUGAUUAAGAAGGUGGAUUAA